UUUGUCCCUCUGUCCUAGCCGUAUAGUCCUCAACAAUAUGGCGACUUUCAUGUAAGCCACGCUGGUAAUAAAUAAACGUUUUUUUGUAGCUUGGCUUCUUUACUUUCCAAAAACAAUUACUUUCCAGAGGAAAACUAAAAACUGAAACGCAGCAAUGUCGGGAAGAAACAACAACAAGUUACCAACAAAUCUGCCACAGUUACAGAAUCUUAUCAAAAGAGACCCCCAGUCCUACACGGAAGAGUUUCUGCAGCAGUAUCGACACUACCAGUCCAAUAUUCAAGUCUUCAAACUUCAGCCUGACAAACCUAAUAAGGAACUGUCAGAUCUGGUUAUGUUCCUUGCCCAGGUUGGACACUGCUAUAAAGAUCAUCUGUCCGGUUUCCCUCAUGAGUUGACUGAUCUCCUGUUAAGCCAUCAUACAGUCCUUGAACCUGACCUGCGAAUGACGUUCUGCAAGGCGCUCAUCCUCCUGAGGAACAAGGACCUGAUCAACCCGACCGGCCUGCUGGAGCUCUUCUUCGAGCUCCUGCGCUGUCACGACAAGCUGCUGAGGAAGACUUUGUUCAUGCACAUCGUGGCGGACAUCAAGAACAUCAACGCCAAGCACAAAAACAACAAAGUCAACACGACCUUGCAGAACUUUAUGUACACCAUGCUGAGGGACAGCAAUGCUCUGGCUGCUAAAAUAUCUCUGGACAUUAUGAUUGAGCUGUACAAAAGAAACAUCUGGAAUGAUGCCAAAACAGUAAAUGUAAUAACAACAGCGUGUUUUUCCAAAGUCGCAAAGAUUCUGGUGGCUGGCCUAAAGUUCUUCCUGGGCAAAGAUGAGGAUGAGAAGAAAGACAGCGAUUCGGAGUCAGAGGAGGAGGGUCCUUCGGCAAGAGACAUCCUGGUAAGAUAUUCGACAGGGAAGAAGAGCACAAAGAACAAGAAGAAGAUGGAAAAGGCCAUGAAAGUGCUGAAGAAACACAAGAAGAAAAAACGUGUAGAAGUCUUCAACUUCUCUGCUAUUCAUCUGAUACACGAUCCACAAGAUUUUUCCGAAAAGCUCUUCAGGCAGCUGGAGGACUCCAAAGAACGCUUCGAGGUCAAGAUAAUGACGAUGGAGCUGGUCUCCAGAUUGGUUGGAAUCCACGAGCUUUUCCUGUUCAACUUUUACCCGUUUCUGCAACGUUUUCUCCAGCCCCAUCAAAGAGAGGUCACCAAGAUCCUCUUGUGUGCGGCACAGGCAUCACAUCAGCUGGUUCCUCCAGAGAUCAUUCAAUCUGUGGUCAUGACGAUAGCGAACAACUUUGUCACGGACCGGAACUCAGGAGAAGUGAUGACUGUCGGCAUUAAUGCCAUCCGGGAGGUGACCGCCCGCUGUCCCCUGGCCAUGACCGAAGACCUGCUGCAGGACCUGGCUCUGUACAAGACCCACAAAGACAAGAAUGUGAUGAUGUCGUCUCGUGGACUGAUCCAGCUCUUCAGGAAUCUGAACCCGGGCAUGCUGCAGAAGAAAUACAGGGGGAGACCCACGGAGGCUUCCACUGAGGCUCGGAUCCAGGAUUACGGGGAGCUGGAGGCCAAAGACUUCAUCCCUGGAGCCGAGGUUCUGGAGGUGGAGGGGAAGGAGAAGGAGGGAGAUGAAGCAGAUGAAGAAGGCUGGGAGAGCGCCAGCAUGAGUGAUGAUGAUGAAGAUGGAGAAUGGGUUAACGUUCACCACUCUUCUGAUGAACAAGAACAAGGAGAGGUGGCAGAGAAGCUGCAGGCCAUGCCUCUGGAGGAGAGGAAGGCCCGGGCAGCCGUGGUCAGUGGCAGCCGCCUCCUCACGCAGGAUGACUUCAAAAAGAUCCGCAUCGCCCAGAUGGCAAAAGAGGUGAACUCCGCCCCGGGCAAGAGCCAGAAGAGGAAGGCUUUGGAUGACAGUGAUGAAGAGGCCAGAGGGGAGGUGCUUACACUGAGAAAUAUUGAGCGUCUGCACAAGAAACCGAAAUCUGAUAAAGAAACACGACUGGCAACCGCCAUGGCUGGUAGAACUGACCGGAAAGAUUUUGUCAAGAAGAAAUGCAAACUGAACCCCUAUGCCAGCACCACCAACAAGGAAAAGAAGAGGCAGAAGAAUUUCAUGAUGAUGAGGCAUAGUCGGAACGUUCGCACCAAGAGCAAACGAUCCUUCCGGGAAAAGCAGGUGGCCCUGAGAGAUGCUCUUUUGAAAAGAAAGAAAAUGAAGUGAAGUUGAAGUUUAUUACCACCACCUGUUUUAUGCCAUCUGCCUUUGCUUUUUCUGUAGAGCAUGUAAUAUCUAGUCCAAUUUUGUACAGGUAAUAAAGGAUUCUUGUUAAUCUAAUCAAA